AAAAAAAAAAAAAUUAAACUGCCAUUUUUACCUUAAUCCAUUUUUGGGGUUUCAGAACAAUUUAAUGUUUGGUUAUUUAUUUGCUUUCAUUGAUUAGGUGACGAAACAAGUAGCUUAAAAUGAUGUUUUGGAGUUAACAGAUGCAAUAGAUGGGAGAAACAUUUGUGGUCUUGGACUGGAAGAGCCCUGAGCUCUGUUUCUGUAAUUGAAUAGUUAUUUCCUUGUCUACUUAUAAUUUCUGUGCGUCUUAAUCAGCCUCAUACUAGCAGUUCUUUUUCUGUUACUGGAAUCAAACAGCUCUGUCAAAGAGGUGAACUCAUCUUCUACCUUGUCUUGAAAUGAUUGAGGCUGAUGCAGUAGUUCUAUCUAUGUGAGCUGCUUUAGAGUACAAGACAGAAUCCCAGUUCUAAUUGUUUUUUUGCAUUCCAUGAGUCUGGAAAUUUGGUAAAGCCAUCUCGUAGCUUCUUUCCCAAAAUGGAGUGGAAUGUGAAGUGGGACUGGGGAAAUCUAGUAAUGUUUGGUUCAAAGGCCUCUGAAAGUCCAAAAGAACUACAAUUAACAGAUUGGGGAGUUGAAGAAGAGGGAGAACUUGAUGGAGGAUCUUUCAAUUUGUCAAGCGGUGGUAGUGGCAGUGGUGGUUAUGGUUCUGAUGUGAAGUGUGGUUCUUCCGUCAAAAGUUCAAUAUCAGCUUCUACUGACUCUUCACCGAAGGAGGGCUUUAAAGCACCCAACUUUGCUUUUGAGGUAUUUGAUGUCUCUAAUGAGGAUCGUAGUAAGAAAUUGGAACCUUCCAAAGUUGAGGUCUUUAGAAAUUCACCACCCAUGGAGGCUUCAGUAGGCUCUGUUGAACCAGUGAUAGGUCUAAAACUUGGUAAGCGGAUCUGUGAGACCAUUGGUGGUGGAAGCAGUGCUAAGGUUUCAUCCUCCUUCCCAAACCCCACAUCAUCUGCUGCUGCAACAAAAAAAGCAAAAUCAUCUAGUCAGAAUGCACCAAUUCCGUGCUGUCAGGUUGAAGGCUGCAACCUUGUUCUUUCUUCAGCUAAAGAAUAUUAUCGGAAGCAUAGAGUUUGUGACAGUCAUUCCAAAUGCCCAAAGGUUAUUGUAGCAGGUGUAGCACGCCGCUUCUGUCAACAGUGUAGCAGGUUCCAUAGCGUGUCUGAAUUUGAUGAAAAGAAGCGAAGCUGUCGCAGGAGGCUCUCCGAUCACAAUGCACGGCGCCGCAAACCUCAGCAAGAAACUAUCCAGUUCAAUUCAGCGAGGCUUUCUUCAUUGUUUUAUGGUAACAGCCAACCUAUGAAUUUCGUACUCAACCACGCACAACUCAUUCACUCCAGAGCUGCUGCAAACUCUACCUGGGAGAGGACUCAAGACUCUAAAUUCAGUAUAACAAGAGGGUUUACUCCAAAGGCUGAAAGAACUGGCAGCACAAAUGGGAAGUCGCUACUGGAGGGGAUUCAGUUUUCAGGGGGUGUGGGUGCACAGAGUAAUGCAUCUAGCUUGUUCUUGCCCUCCAAGGGCACCACAGCCGAGGUUUCCCAUCAAGGUGCCAAGGAAUCCACGUUCAAUAUGGUUAUAGGACCGGAAUUUCCUCGUGCUCUCUCUCUUCUGUCAACUAAUUCCUGGGGUUCAUCUGAGCCUGAGACUGUUUCACUGCGCCAUGCAAAUCAGACCAGCAUGCCCGAGCAGAUGAUGCAGGCAAUUCCACAGGGUGUGCCACAUAUCUCCAGUCAAUAUUGGCAGGGUGGACAACAUUCAUCUGGUCCUCGUGACCAUACAUUGGCUGCUAAUAGCCACAGUGGGGGUAGCUUACAGGAAAUGGGACUGUUCAAAGCUCCAUUCGACACAUACUUUUAUCUCAACGCAUUUAACUGAAGCCAACAUCUAAAGCCUUUACGUGUAUUUUCAGAGGAUUUGGUUAGCUUCCCAUUGUCUUUUGACAUGUCAAAACUUGGAUCAAGCAGAAGGUCUGUUAGUAGGAUACUUCAAGCAGUUUGUUUGCCCUCUUAAAUUAGUGCUGGUAUAUAAAAAAUAUAUAGGUUUGGGCUUUUAAACUCCGAAGGAAGUCUAGUAUUAUGAAAUAUGCAGUAAAUUUAGUUUGCUUAAUUUAGGCAGUGACAUGGAUUCUGAAGAAUUGUAGUUUCUUGAUUCUGCAACUAGGCACAUAACUGCACAGGUCCCAGUUAUUAAUGACUCUUUAUCCCGUUUCAUCA